AAAAGAACUGCACAGUUGAUAUAUUCAUCUUCUUUCAAGAUGAUAAGAAUCAUUACAUUCGCCUUUAUUAUUACGUUAAUUUCAGAUGUAACCCAAGCUCACCAAACGCCUCAACCUACGUGUAAAUCCUGCGAGCUUUGUAGACCCGAAAUAUGUCCACGUGACUUUGUGUACGAUCCCGUCUGUGGAAAAAGAGAAAUAAAGGGCAGAAAAAGAGAAAAAAAGGACGGAAAUAAAGACCAAGGUGUAACCUGGUGGGAGUACAGAGUCUUCGAAAAUCAAUGCGAAAUGGAUAACGCUAAUCUUUGUGCAGGAGGUUAUCGUCCUUGCUGUUGGUUUAAAGAAAUGAUGAAGCCAUCUAAAAAAUGAAGUCUUAGUUUCUAUUCUUCUUAUUCAAAAUAAAUAUUUUG